CUCCUAUAAUUGUUCCAGAGUGCAUUUAAAGAAGAAUCCAAUUUAUAAACAUUUGAUUUACAUACAUAGGCACAUGAAGUCAAUGAUUUAAAAAAAACAAAGCAAACAAAACUGUUGUUUGAACAAGCUCCAUUGGGGAAUCCAGAAUUAAAAGGUCUCUUAUUCAGACUUGUCCUUGUGGGAGUCAAUGAAUAAGGGAAAGCUUUUGUUACACAUAGUUUUUCAACUGAAAGUUUCUUGGGAUUUUUUCCCUUUAUACUAACAGCAUCAAAUAGAAAAUUCAGGUCAGCUCUCAUGUUGCCAGCUGAAAAUCCUAUCUUUUCUUUUCCAAGGAGUCAAAAGAAUGAAAGGGGGCAUGUUUCCUCAGGCUUCUUCCUAUGCUGAGUGUACUCUGAAUUGAGAGGUAGCCUGAGGAUGGAGGAGAGACAGAAUCCAUUGGUCAUGACUGUCCAUCUCCUGGCCAGCUCUGGACAUGCCUUGCAUUUGCAGCAAACCCUUGACCGCCUCUUGGGGUGGGUUUGCCCAGAACUCCAUCUUUUUCUGGUUUCAGAGAGAGUGACUCCAGUGAGAUACUAUGAAAAAUACCAAUCCAAGCGGUCUGCAUUCCCAGGGAUUUCUGUUUUGCUCUUCCUACCUGCAGACUGUAGGGAAGAGAGGUUCUUUCACAUCUAUGACUUCUUUCGGCAGCCACCUUGGCAGUCUCAUCCCACACAGAAUGCAAGUGGAAGGUUGUGCCCAUAUACACUUACCAAGCAAGAUUUCUACAGUUUGGAUCCUCACAUGCCUGUGUGGGGGGUGAGACAGAUGCAUUAUGGCAGCGAGAUCCUUCAGGUCACCUUAUAUUGCAGCUUUGAUAACUAUGAAGAUGCAGUCAGACUUUAUGAAAUGAUUUUACAGAAGGAAGCCACCACACAGAAAAGCAACUGCUCCUACUUUGUUUUGUAUUCAAAGAAAAACUUUUCAAUCCAGCUCUCCUUGAAACAACUUCCCUUAGGGAUGUCUGUGGAACCCAGAGAAUCUUCAGUGUUACAAUUCAAGGUUCAAGAAAUUGGCCAGUUAGUACCACUUCUGCCAAAUCCCUGCAUUCCCAUCAGCAGCACCAGAUGGCAAACUCAGGACUAUGAUGGAAACAAAAUUCUCCUACAGGUCCAAACAAACCCAGCACCAGACAAAAACAAGGGUGAACUUCCCUCUAAACUCAGCCAUACAGGGUUGGACACCCCUUGCCAAGACUCCAUCCAAACCCCAACUUCUGCCAAAAGGAUAACAGAAUUAAGAAGUAGAAGAAGCCAAACUGGGAGGUCAGAGCACAAUCCCCCAGGGCCUCCUGACCUGAGAGGGGACACUUUGCCAUAUGAAAGCUCCAGUAGGACCUCCUGGAUAAGUACUUAUUCAUCCCAUUCUAGCAGCUCAUCAGCACCUUCUCAAAGGGUUAGACCCUCUCCACAUCUUGAAUCAGCAUCCAGAAUCAAAACACUCCUCCUAGGAAAUAGUCUUCAGAAGCCUGAUACAGAGACUAAUGUUGAUACAGGGUUCCCAGUAAUAAAUUCAGAACAGAAACAAUCUUCUUUGAGAACAUUUCCAAGGGAUUUGCAAAGCAGCCUGACUGCAUCAUGGAUGCCAAACUCUUUGUUAGCUAUAACCGGCUCAAGAAAUAAGCCCUCUGAAGAGACAAUCCACCCCUUGCCAUUUGCUGGCCAAAGAGACAAUGGUAUAGGGCAGAUAACCUCUGCAUUUCACUUCCCACAAAUAUCCCAUGGAAAUGAUGAAGAAGAAUUCUUUAUAUGAUGGGAAACAAAUGCCAGUUUCAGAUACUGAAUCAAAUCCAUUGUUUGGGAGACGGAGCCUGACCCCAAAACUAGCCAGCUUCUCUUGCACAACUGGGGGCAUCUGGAUAUCCCUCAUGCCUAUACCUAGACCUAUGUGGCUUGAAUCUAAAAAAAAAAACUUGUUUGUUUCAAAGAAGCAAGAGACUGGUUUGGAUAUUUAGCUUCCAUUGUAAGAGAUCAUAACCAAAAAGCACAAGGAAAAAGAAUAGACAUCAUUUUCCCCCGGGAUGUGUACACAUGGUGUUUGGUGAAUUUCAGGUCAUUUGUGUUGAGAGCUUAUGAGCAGAAUACAUUAUGCAACUCAUUAGUGUUUUCAAUUUUGCUUUAAUAUUCACUGGAGCUGCCUAGCUUCUACCUGAAUCACAUUAAAUAUUUAUCCUUUACCAGUUGCCAAUCUCAUAAUUCUAUUGGUUUCUAUAUACUUCUGAUACCGUUUGGGCAUUCUGGAUCUAUUUGUAUAUUUGGUCCAUUAAAAUAUGUAGCGCACUGAAAACUUCAAACUUCUUCCCUCCCUUCCUCAAUUUAAUAAUCAGAUCAUGAUAAACUUAUAAAAUUAUUUAGUAUGUCCAAUGGUGAUAUUUAGUUAUUUUUUUAGUUGUGUCCAACUCUUUGUGACCCUUUUGGGUCAUUUUAUGCAGAAAUACUGGAGUUUGCCAUUUCCUUCUCUGGCUCAUUUUACAGAUGAGGAGCUGGGGCAAAAAGUGACUUGCCCAGGUUCAUACAGCUACUUAGUGCUGAGUCUGGGUCUGAACUCAGCAAAAAUGAGUAAAUGAGCUUUUGUAGGUUUUAGAAAUGAGGAUUCAAGAAGAUUUUGUCUCAGCAUAUAUCCAUCAGUCAAGCUGGAUUUUAUAGGGAACUUUCUACCAAAGGAAAAUUCUAGGUGUGACAUGGAAACUGUGAAUGAAGUCAGAUGCUAUACACCCAAAAAGGCAUUGUUCAUAGAAGAGAAAAUUAAAAUGGCAAAGGUAA